UUGUUGUUGUUUUUCUUCUAGACUGUUCCUGAGCACCAUUAAAACACCCAGGCCACACCUCCCAACAAGCCCAGCGUUAGCCCCCAUACUCACGACAGUGCAUUUGCCGUUGAGCUGCUCCUCCUCUGUAUACAACUUGACAGUCUGGUCCCCAAGCGCGACCAUGUACCGCUUCGCUGCAAGCCUCGCCUCCAAAGCUAGGAUCGCCAGGAACAGUACGCAACAGAUUGGCAGCAGGGCAACUUGGACCCGGAACUAUGCUGCUAAAGACAUUAAAUUCGGCGUCGAAGCUCGUGCUUCAAUGCUUAAGGGUGUUGAGGACCUUGCAGAUGCGGUGAAGGUCACAAUGGGGCCAAAGGGCUGUAAUGUGGUUAUUGAACAAAGCUUUGGAACCCCAAAAGUCACCAAAGAUGGUGUGACCGUUGCGAAGAGUAUAGAGUUCAAGGACAGAGUCAAAAACAUCGGUGCUAGCCUUGUGAAGCAGGUUGCAAACGCAACCAAUGAUGUUGCUGGAGAUGGUACAACUUGUGCUACGGUCCUUACUCGUGCUAUAUUUACCGAAGGGUGCAAGUCUGUUGCGGCUGGAAUGAAUGCUAUGGAUCUACGACGUGGCAUCACCAUGGCUGUUGAUUCCGUGGUGACUAACUUGAAAAGUAGGGCAAGAAUGAUCAGCACAUCCGAAGAGAUAGCCCAGGUCGGAACAAUAUCUGCCAAUGGGGAGAGAGAAAUUGGGGAGUUGAUCGCAAAAGCCAUGGAAAAAGUUGGCAAGGAGGGUGUUAUCACUAUAUCGGAUGGAAAGACUUUUUACAACGAAUUAGAAGUUGUUGAAGGGAUGAAGCUGGACAGAGGAUACAUAUCCCCGUACUUCAUUACUAACCAGAAAAACCAGAAAUGUGAGUUAGAUGAUCCUCUCAUUCUUAUCCAUGAGAAAAAAAUUACAAGUAUUAAUGCUGUGGUAAAAGUGUUGGAGUUGGCACUGAAGAGGCAAAGGCCCCUGCUCAUUGUUGCGGAGGAUGUGGAAAGUGAUGCAUUAGCAACUCUUAUAUUAAACAAGCUUCGAGCAGGAAUUAAGGUCUGUGCCGUGAAAGCGCCUGGUUUUGGGGAGAAUAGGAAGUCUGGACUCCAUGAUCUUGCUGUACUGACUGGCGGUCAAGUUAUAGCUGAAGAUCUUGGUAUGAAUCUCGAGAAGGUUGAUUUUGAUAUGCUCGGUUCCUGCAAGAAGGUUACAAUAUCAAAAGACGAUACUGUUAUUCUUGACGGAGCGGGUGACAAGAAGUCAAUUGAGGAAAGAUGUGAGCAGAUACGAUCAGCAAUUGAAUCGAGCACUUCUGACUAUGAUAAGGAGAAAUUCCAAGAGAGAUUGGCAAAGCUCUCUGGUGGAGUUGCUGUGCUGAAGAUUGGAGGAGCCAGUGAAGCUGAAGUGGGUGAGAAGAAAGACAGAGUUACCGAUGCCUUGAAUGCAACUAAGGCAGCCGUGGAAGAGGGUAUCGUGCCAGGUGGUGGUGUUGCUCUUCUUUAUGCAUCUAAAGAGUUAGACAAGUUGCAGACUGCCAACUUUGAUCAGAAGAUUGGAGUUCAGAUCAUUCAAAACGCUCUGAAGACACCUGUGCACACUAUUGCUUCUAAUGCUGGAGUGGAGGGGGCUGUUGUUGUUGGGAAGUUGUUGGAGCAGGAUAAUCCGGACCUUGGAUACGACGCAGCCAAAGGUGAAUACGUUGACAUGGUGAAAGCAGGUAUAAUUGACCCGUUGAAGGUGAUUAGAACUGCUUUGGUUGAUGCUGCCAGUGUAUCAUCGCUGUUGACGACUACGGAAGCUGUGGUAGCGGAACUUCCCAAGGACGAGAAGGCAGCCCCAGCUAUGCCCGGAGGAAUGGGUGACAUGGACUACUGAGAGAGCCAAGGGGCAAAGACCGCCUCUACUUCUCCUAGGAUAGUGUAACUGAAACCAUUUGUUUGGGUAACAUCCUUCUCUCAUCUCAUGAGUCUUCUCUCCUUUCCCCUAAGGCAAUCAUCAUCAAUGUAAAACCAUUGUGAGAGUUUUGGACGGGACGGCUCUAAAGAGGAAUUUGGUUCUUGAUUGGGUUUCGGUUUUGGUUAUUGAUAAAUCCAGGCAUAAAAUGUGGUUUUUGCAAGUCUAUAUAAUUUGUCUAGUGCAUUUCUUUUUCUUUUUACAUCUUUGUUGGUAUAUGACGUUAUAACGUACCUACGGUAGAGUAGAGUACCGCAGCUGUGUGUGCUGGUGUCCCGGAAUUCAAGAAUUCUUGUUA